CUUUUCCCAAGCGGGGUCGGUGUUAAGCUUGUAAGCAAUCCAGUAGCGCAACGACGCAGCAAGAAUAUCCAUGAAUGGCGUUCCCGGCGUAAUGACGUUGCUAUCCCAUGUCUUCUGGAUGACCUGCUCCUGGAUAUCUGCAUCUGCCUUGUUGCCGUUCUGCUUUGCGAGCAUCUUCCGGAAUUCUUCCUUCUUCUCAUCCGCCUCCCUGGCUUCCUGUGCUGAGCGGAAACGACGGGCUCGUUGCUGGUUCAUCUUUGCGCGUGGUGCGACACCAUCUAGAUCACGAAACGUACACCAACAGCGAUCAUCAAAAGCUUCCUUGGGCGGACCAUGUUCACCACCCGGUCGGUGUACUUGAAGAUCUCGAGCAUCAUCUCCUGCUCGUUCGCCGGCGGAGGCUUUCCUUCCGGGUGAGUACAUGGGUGAACAAUACCGUUCAUAUCCAAGUACAGAUUAUCCAUCUCAUCUCCAUUGGGGUUAGGACGCGUGGUGUCCACGGGGACCUCUUCGCCGUUGACUUCGGAAGGAAGCUCCUCGAUAACGGGGGAGAUAA